CGUCGGAGGUGGGUCAUCUUUCACUCUAGGUCCAGGUGUCGAAAGUGCAAGACCUUCCUGUACGUGGUUUUCUUCGAUUGUCUCUGGUUCAGAGCAUUCUGAAACCAGCAGGAGUUAUUGAUACCGACCGACCCAAAUCAAGAUAACAAAAGAGUUGGGAUCAUGGCGCUAACAAGCAAAUUGGUGCUUUCAUUAUUAGUCGCGUUAACACUCGUGACUCGUGGCUAUGCAAUGGACAUCCAGAGAGUUUCCAGCAGACGGGAUAAAGUUCCAGAGAAUGGCCAAGUUUCCAGCAAAUGCGAAGAGGUGUCCAACGAAGAAAACCAAGUUCCAGACUCUGGUCGAGUUUCCAGCAGAAAUGGGCAUGUUCCCACUGAAGAGAGCAGAGUUCCAGAGAUCGAUCCAGUUUCCAGCAAACAGCUCCAGGUCUCCAGCAGGCAAAAUAUUGGAGUCUUCGAUGACGUAGAUCUUUACACGGUCAUAGGAACGCUGACGAAUUCGCUUCUCCUCCUUCUGGCCUGCGUCUACUUCAUCCAUAACGUACUGAUAGCCCCGGUUCUCACCGCCCGAAGUUUGUCUUCCCUGGAGAACUGGAGUUUUGCGUUGGAUCAAGAACUCCUGGAGCGAGCUUUGAACAGCAUCGAUCCCGUGGAGUCUGUCUUCUCGUUUAUGAAAAUCGACGAAGAUAUUUGCAAGGAACGCACCGUCUGCGAACUCCAGAGAGCCUCCUCCAACUAUCCCUUGAUCAGGACCGCAGUGGAGUACGUCAGUCCUUAUAUCUGGAGUCUAAGGCAUUACAAAGGAGCCCAAGAAGCUGGAGCUGCCCUGGAGGACUGUGCCGUUCUCUUUGCUGAGUGCCCGUAUUCCAUCUUCCAGUGACAACUGGAAUCUCCACAACUGGAAUGCCACAGCUGCUACACAUAUGUUAUUAUUUAGAUUUAUGGUUGUAUUUAUUUAUUCUUGAAAGAUAAUUAAAAGCUAUUAUUGAUUAAUGA